AUGCCGACAACUAUCCGCCUCCUUGUCAUCUCCGACACUCACUCCAUCUGGCUAUACACCCCAAGCUGCCUCGCACCUCCAUGCGACAUUCUAAUCCAUUGCGGUGACCUCAUCCAAGUCGGUGGCCUCGCCGCCUAUAAGAAGACUAUGCAAGACAUCCAAACCAUCAAUGCAGAACUCAAAUUCAUCAUCGCCGGCAACCAUGACCUCGAUCUCGAUGAAGAGUGGUUGCGUAAGAACGCUGAAGAGGGAGAAGAGGAAGAAGAGGAAGAAGAGGAAGAAGAGGAAGAAGAGGAAGAAGAGGAAGAAGAGGAAGAAGAGGAAGAAGAGGAAGAAGAGGAAGAAGAGGAAGAAGAGGAAGAAGAGGAAGAAGAGGAAGAAGAGGAAGAAGAGGAAGAAGAGGAAGAAGAGGAAGAAGAGGAAGAAGAGGAAGAAGAGGAAGAAGAGGAAGAAGAGGAAGAAAAGGAAGAAGAGGAAGAAGAGGAAGAAGAGGAAGAAGAGGAAGAAGAGGAAGAAGAGGAAGAAGAUACAAAGGAUAGCAGCAGAUGUGUCGAAUUCAUGAAGUCGCACGAAAAGGACGGGGUCUAUUACCUAGCAGAAGGUAGACACGAGUUCAAGUUGAAGGAUGGAAGAGAAUUCAUGAUCUGGGUGAGCCCGUAUACGCCGGAGUUUAGUAAGAAUCGACCCUUUCGAGACACGCCUUAUGCAGUAGCACUCACUGGGUGGGCUGUCGUCGCGUUCACUUCGACAACCUUCACUGCAGGCUCUUUCUCUUUCUUCAACUUCUCCUGUAUAGCUUGA